ACCUGCCUGAAAAUAAAGUGAAUCGAUGUUUGAUUUUGUCUCAAGCCAAACGUAGUAAUGUGAUGGGGGCGCUCCAACACAACAUUUUGAAGCCCAUCGCACGCGCUGCAGAAAACAGAGAUUUAAAAAUUAUAAUAGUGACAAAAGAGUUCACAAAUGAGAAACCGUAUGUACUUUAGUAUCCAGGAAAUAAUAUAGAUUAAACUGUAUUAAGAUAAGCAUUUGAUUCAGCGAUUCUAACCUAAGAAUGGCCAAUUUCUAAAAAUCCAGAGUCUUCUGAGGUAAAUUUUGGAUUCUAUGCGUCACUGUAUGUCACCUUAAAUGGCGACCUUGCAGCAGUGAGAAGACCCUAAGCUAUUUUUGCGGUACAGAGAAGAUCUAGUUUCAGCAAUGUGUAGGUACUUAGAAUAUGGAAGGGCCAUUCGUCCGUGACCUUUGUCCAUGCCCUUUUAAGGGCAUUGGUAGUAACCAGUAGAGUGAGACUCGGACCGCAGCUGUGGUCUUACGAGGUACAAAUGAUGGGGGAGAACAGAUAGAGAGAAAGGAAAGAGCGCGAAGGGCAAGGAGCGCGGAAGGCGCGAAGGACAAGAGCAGGCGCGCAAGGGCGCAAGGGGCGCAAGAGCAAGAAGCGCGAAGAGCUGAAACAUCUUUGCUCUUGGGGCCACCCUAACUUUUGGAGAGACAUCACUUUGACAUUGGUUGAAUAAAUCUUUUCCCAAUCAGCCGUGUGUCACCGAAGUGCUUCCUUACCUGGACCAGCCAUCGUCCACUGAGUGUUUUUUUGGAGACCAGCGAAACAACAAAGACCAUUCACCACACUUCCAUUCCACUUAAAGGAACUUUGGAACACUGGCCCAGUCCCCAAUCAGCUAAUUGGCGUCCGCUCCGUCUAAUCACGUGGUAUAAACCCAAACGGGCACGCCUUUCUCAGUUUUCACUCCGUGGCUCCAGGAUGGAGGGCUUCCCGACCACCUUCCCUCCGCCCUACGGCGUGGUGUGCGCACCCGCCGCGAGCCCGAUCCCGACCCCGGGGAGUGUCUGCUGGCCCAAGCGGGAGGCGCGCUUCGUGACGCCGCACGGUGUCAACUACCUGGAGCUGUGCAAGGCCAUCCUGGGCCAGGCUUGGCCGGCCCCCGCAGCCCGAACCCGAGACUGCGGCGUGCAAGUGAACGCCAAAGUGGACAAGACAGUGCAGUGCUCCCUGGGGCCCAAGACGCUGCUUGGCUCGGGGGAGCGGGGGGAGGAAGAGGAGGACAGGGACAGCAGCGACAAGACUCCUUCAGUGAGCCAGCUGCGCUUCUUCACCCGACCGGUGUCUAUCUACUCGCCCGUGCUCGAGCGCGGCUUUCACACGGAGCUCGCAGAGGAAGAGGCGCGUGACGAAGAAAAGGAGCACGAGCAGGAGGGGAGCAAACAUCCGGAACAGGUCCACAAGGCCACUGUUCAUCGGGCCAACAGGGGCUCCAAUUUACAGUUUCUGGACCAGAGGUACGGCUUCUUCCACUGCAAAAAGUGUAACAUCCGGUGGGAGAGUGCUUACGUGUGGUGCAUCUCGGGAACCAACAAGGUUAAGUCACCGACUGAGGACACUAAAAGUCUGCACACCCCUGUUCAAAUGCAAGGUUCUUGCAACUUGCAGAAAAAGAGUGUACUACAAGCAGCUCUGCCGGAAGUGUCAGGUGGGCUUCAACCCCUACAGAGUGGAGUCCAUCAUAUGCAAGGGCUGCUCCGAGACGUGCUGCAGCUGCGAGAAGAAGCAGAGACACAUCAACAUGACCAGGCCUCACCGACAGGAUCUGUGCUGCCGAUGCCGGGGCACCAAGCUCUCCUGCGACGCCACCUACAGCUUCAAAUACAUUGUCUGAUGUUGUGACGGCCAUGACGUGUUGGGCGGGCGCUCUCCACCUCUCCUUGUCGUUUUUCCACAGAAUAAACUAAGUGCAUCUCAAGGAUGGACUCUGAAUUGUUGUCUUGUUACUUG